AUGAGGAAAUUCGUGAAAUUCCUCGGCGGGGAAAAGGGAAACGCUGGAACUUAUCAUAGCAUUUGGUCCGUUCCAGCCCCGGAAUCAGGCUCAAGGGCAGUCGUCACAAAUACAAAGGAACCGCGUCAAAAGCUGUCUACAAAAAAGCCGCAGGCACCUCGGCACAUCUCGAGCCUCAAUCAUCCGUCGUUGGCAGAGCUCAGCAGUCCGACGACGUCCACAUUCUCAGCGCGUACGGAAGGAACAUCCAUUGCGGAACUUUCAGCGUCGUCGGACGCUCAGGUUUCGGAGUUGCAUGCGUGGACUCCAGAUGUUCAUCCUGUGCAGGUCAGUUCUCCGAAGGAGGAGAUUGAAUGGAAUAAAGAACAGCCACAUCCCAAUUACACUCGAGUGUUUGUCGACGAUGAUGAUGAUGAACCUGCCAACCCUACUUCUACACCUACGCUGCCUCCAGCCCCAACGGCAGCACCACCGCCUCCACCAACACCCACACCCAAGCCAAACCCAGAUCCGGCAUCGGGCCUCCUCAUAUUCUCUGAUACAACUGAUACGAUCCCACUAUUCGGACGGCAGUUCGGUAUAGCCCCGACAUCGAUGGUUCGCGAGCAGGAGAAAGCGCCAGAGCCGGAGCGGGAGCCAGAACAACCAAAACCAACAUCUUCAGGACCAAAGGGUCCGCAAGCGCUCUUCCAACAGGUCGACGAAGAGUUGGAAGCGCUGUAUGUCGGUUACCUCAAGAAAUCCGGCAAACAGAAGUCUUCUUCGGAGCCCUCCAAGAAAGUGAAACGAUGGCGGCCCAAGUCGGAGCAUGCCCUAGAGGCAUGUAUUAUCUGUCUUGAGCCGUUUGGACCGGAUGGGGCCAAGGCACCGGAUACGCUAUCCAUCGCCUGCCAGCAUAGACCGUCAGUCUGUUAUAUUUGUCUAGCGAAGAGCAUCAAGCACGACCUUGAGGCCAAGUUCUGGAACGAAAUCAGAUGUCCAGAAUGCAAGACGCUGUUUGCCCACGAGGAUAUUAAACGGUUUGCAGACGAGGAGACCUUUAAUCGUUAUAACAAUUUUUCCUUUCGGGCUGCAGUCUCCGUCGACAAAAACUUCGUUUGGUGUCUCGACUGCCCCUUCGGCCAACUCCAUGAACCAGGCGACGAACAGCCGCUCGUACGUUGUCUCAAUUGCAGCUCGGAGUCCUGCUUCAAGCACUCUAUCAAGUGGCACGAAGAUUUCACAUGUGACGAGUAUGAUGCUGUUCUCUGGGAUCCGGAUAGUUAUAGAUCUAUCAAGGAGAGGAAUGCCGGCCGCACUCAGGUGGAGCCAGAGUAUCUGAAAAAGAAGGAUCUUAACCGCGCAAAGAAAAAGGAAAGGGCACGACAAACGAAGUUGCAUGAAGCACAGAAGAAAGCGGCGCGCAAGAAGCAACAGGAGGAGGCUUCCCGGUUGCGAAAGGAGAAGAGGGCCGCUGAAGCCGAAGCAGCGCGGCCACAGCCGCAACUGGAGGAUGAAGACAAUGAAGAGCAGACAAGCGAAGACGCUGUGGAGGAUGACUUCAGAGAGAAGAUUGAAAUGUUGAAGAGGCGGAUGCGGGAGGUCGAAUUGUCGGUGAACUUGGUCGAGGAGAUCGCGAAGCGUUGCCCGGGUUGUCAAUGGCCAAUCGAGAAAAACGAGGGAUGUGACCAUAUGACAUGCAUCAAAUGCAGAAAGGAGUUUUGCUGGAUCUGCCUUGGCCCUUGGGCCUCGCAUACUGGCCGGUGCCGGCCUCAGCCAUAG